AUGGGCGACUGUCUCAGAGUAUCCGCCCGCGAGAGAGCCACGCAACUAGCAAAUGCCGCCACUGUUUCCAUUGAUCUUGGAUUCGCCGGCGCAAGUAGCCUUGACAACAACGAAACAACCACGGCCGCAGUCUCGGGAUCGUCUUCAAGGGCUGUUUGCAAGUUCAACAACAACAACCGGCCACCUAAGUUCUUCAUGGUUACCCAAGAAGUCACAUUUCCCGAGGGAGCUCAUGUGACUAUCACUGGUGGUGGACCGAACGAUAAUGUCAUUGAAGCAACCGACGCCACUGGAAACAGAGCUAUUUGGCACGUUGUUGGGAGAUAA